AUGGCCACAUCCAUGCCACCUCCUCCUACUCCUCUCUCUCAUCGUCGGUCCAAUCGCCUGGUUGCCAAACCUCAGCUACCUUCUUUGGACAACAAGCCAGCAUGUCUUCUUAAGAUGUCCCCUCCAAAGGUGCCACCUUCCAUCACUCUCCUGCCGCUCCCUCAGCAGAAGACCCAGCCGGCUCUGCUCGCGACCUGGCUCUCUGAUAAGGAGAACGUCGCCGAGUCUAUCGCCAGCUUCGAACAAACAUUCUCGGGUGCACGUGGCAAGACCACUCGUCGCCACUCCUCAAAAGAGUCCGGAAGACAACAUCGUGCAUCAGUCUGCUCCGACGAGGGCCUCGGUACCUCAAUUGCGUCGAGCGAUAAGAGUCUGUCAAGAAAGUUUGAAAGAGCAUUGGAUUUGUUGGACCGUGAUAGCGCUUUGGGAGCAUCAAUCAGUGACAGAAGUUCAGUCGGUGUUGCUAGGACAGCAGAAGAGGUCAAAGACACUAACUCGUCAGCCACUCGACAGAACCGACGUCAAGCUCCCGCUGUGACUCAGAUCCAGACUACAACUAGCCGACAGAUCGGCCCCCUUUCGACGUUCGCUCGCAGGAAGAUCAACAAGCAUAUAAUCGCUCCUAUCCUCGCAGAGGAACGAUUUGAAGACUUCCAUCCUCUUGUCACCUCACUUGGAGCGCGCCGCAAUACCAAGAUCAGAUGCUUGCGUGACGUUGAACAGUCUCUCAUCUUUCAGCCAUUGACCUUCCACAUCACACCCCAGCAAUACCGCGCAUUCGGUCAAUUUGCUGUUCAGGUCGUUCUCGACACUCAUCAUCAGCUUCCCGAGUCUGAGCAGCGUCGAGCCUCAGAUACUCCUUACACUAACGGCUAUUUCCUUGAUCUUGUCGAUCAGGUGAACAGACUUGCUGCACAAGUCGGCCGGUCUCGAUCAGAAGCUAAGGACGGUGAAGAAGAAGAACUCGAAUCACCCUACGACGAGGUGACUCUCGAGGGUGGUCUUGACUCUACGGGCAACAUCGCCGAGCUUGUUGGCUGGAAGAACGGUGAAGCUACCUCGCUACGAACAGGUAUGCCUUACGAACCGCUGCCUGGCAUCAAGCGUGGGGCGAGCAGCCUCCAUGAUGAGGACGUUGCUCGCUCCAUGGCUCGACGCAAGAAGGGCUACAUCCCGGAGAUCAUCCACAUGCCAUGCCGCGAGGAAGGCUGUGACAAGACCUUCACCCGCAAGUGCGACCUGGCGAAGCACGAGAAGACUCACUCUCGUCCAUUCAAGUGCCCACACGAGAACUGCAAGUACCACAACCUGGGCUUGCCGACUGAGAAGGAGCGUGAUCGUCACAUCAAUGACAAGCACGACCCCAACCCACACUAUUACCAGUGCGAGUAUUGCGAAUUCAAGACAAAGCGCGAAAGCAACUGCAAGCAACACAUGGAGAAGAAGCACAACUUCGUGUAUGAGCGAGCGAAGGGCAAAGAUAAGGCGGCUGUCAAGAUGACACCAGCUGAAAGUCCAUCGGGCUCCAAUUUUGAUUUCAAUACGUCGUCGAUGCAAAGCCCGGCAUUCUCCCAUACUUCAUACAUGACCGGCGUUAUGGAUGACAUGAACUCCCCGCUGUCCAGCUUCGACAACUACGGACAGGGCAUGGACUUCAACUCAGGGUUGUUCCCUCGUCGUGCUUCUUACCAGAUGUCAUACAUGAACUCUGGCAACCAAUAUCUUGGCCAGGACUACAUCUCUCCGGUCAACAGCCGUCCCAACAUGACACCAGACACACCGGCAUACAGCAACAUCACUGGCCAGUCACCAUGGUCUGCCACCAGUGAUGCUGUCAUGGACAUGAGCACCUCCUACGUCAACAACUUUGACGCUUUCCCGACUCCAGAUUCCAUGGCACACAAUGUGUCCCGCAAUGCGUCUGUCGUCAAUCCUUCUCCCAUGUUCGGUGCCGAGUCUACCAACAUGUACGACGGCAUGGCCUUCGAUGGUAUGAGUGGCAGUGAGCCAGACGUCACCACCAACGACUUCACGCUCUUUGGUGGCAACGACUCGACCAUGAACCCGGCCUUCAGCAAUCCUCUGGGCGCUGAUGCCGUGCUCUUCCCGCCAAUGUCUCCGCUCACGCCUGAUGACUUUGCUAAGCUCGACAACAUGCCCAUCCUCGAUGAGUAUGAUGACAAUGAGCUUUUCACCACCAACUAA